UGCUGCUUCUAUCGUAAGUUUACCCCGUGAGAAUGGACAUCGCGGAUGAGAAGAGCUUGUUGCACCGCGACAGCGCUGCCACGAUCUUCGACACUUGGGCCGACUACGUGAAAGGCGACAGCUUGUUCACGAACAAUGUCGAGGGUAGAUCGAGGCGUUUGCAGGUGGAGAAGAAAGGGUUGUUUGCGGCAGAAGAGAAAAUGUUGCCCUGAUGAGCAUGGGAUGCACACUCGUCGUAGAACAGUGAGCAAUUGUUCGGAUCUCGAUGAGUAUCUUUCAGAGAGAAAUGAUUUUCACACAAGAUUCAUAUCCAUUGCUGCAAUAAACUCCAUUCGACCUCUUAAAAUCACAGAAGCUGGUGUAUAUUCCAUACUCAAUCAUCAUAAUGUUGGUUCACAAUUCCUUGAUCUGCUGUUCUCGUUUGCCACCAGAAAGAAUGAGUCGGAAGCAGGGCCGGGGAACUUGAGCAUCAAGAAUUUUCCUGAUGGCUCCUAUGAAAUACAGUAUCGGUUCAGCUAUGCAGAAGAGAUUGUUGGUAAGAGCAGUAGCACAUGGGCUAUCAGACAAACAGGUGUCUAUCAUCGUCAUGUGCCCAAUGGAUCUGGCAAUAUCUGGAUCCUUCUUCAUCCAAGACCAGAUUCAACCGUUCACACACGUCUGCAGGACUGUGCGUUGGAGUGGGAAGGAAGGAGCGGCUCUUUGGAUGAAUGGGAGAUGACACACAUCUUGAUUCUAUCUUCCUACUUUGAUGAUUGGCGCUGGUAUCUCAAAUACCUGAAUGGAGAAGUUGAGUUGAUGGCUGCUAUUGCUAUAUCCUACGACUUCUCUGUCACUGGAGACCAUACGAAAGGUACAGAAAUCAUGCAACGUCUGCACGCACUGCUGAUGAAGAUCUCGCCAAUAACUCCCCGUUUACGUUCUACCAUUGGGACUGUUACCGCGUUGAAAACGCUUUAUGAAACAUUACGCAGAAAGACAUUAUAUACCGAACGUCAUUCCGUCAAGAUUCUGGAUGAGCUUAAAACAUAUGAAGCUCAUGCCGAAGGACAUCUAGCAACUGUAGCGCUCCUUGAAAAGAAAAUACAGGAGACUGUAGGCUUGUUGGCAGUAGCUCUCAAUCUGAGAGGCCAAUCUACCGCUUUGUCGAUCAAUCGAAACAUCUUCAGCCUGACCAAAGACACAGUGGAUGACUCUGCAACGGUGCGUGUGGUCACUGUUGUCACGUUAAUAUACCUGCCAGCUUCCUUCGUAACAUCUCUCUUAGGAAUGAAUCUCUUCACAUUUCAAACAUCUCCGGGUUCUGGAUUUAAAGUGUCCAGACAAUUCUGGGUAUUUCUCCUUAUCACAAUUCCAUUAACAUUCGUUACUGUUGGAUCAUGGAUGUUCGUCGCACGCAGAAGACAAAAGCAAAAGAGGGUAGAUCGUCGGAGACAAGCGUCCGUUGGUGGAGAAUCGGAGGAUACAUGAGUGCCUGCUCAACUUUGUAGAUUGAUCUUUGAAACCUCAAAUGUACCAUCGCACUGAGCAAUCAAGACUUUGAUAGUGUUCUUCGAACCUUCGUACUCUUCAAUCACUACAUCGCACUUUUCAUGUUGUUUGAUGUGAUGCGUCAAUGACUCUGGAUUGCUCCAAUCGUCGAGGUAGAAGAAAUCUCCGAUUUUCUUGAUACGACAAAAGCAUAUCUUAGAGACUGGUUUUCUGAAAAUAGUUGUGUUUGAUGAUCUAAUGAAGACAACGUGGUGUUCAUCGGGAGUCACGACGACUGCCUGAAGAUUGGCCAGUGGUAAUGGAGGUAUCUGAAAAGCGGGUGGCUUUUCUGGGUCCUGGAGUAGGUGAAUAUGAUGAUCCUGCCAUAGAAGACAAAGAGGCUUUUUGGGAAAAUGAAUGACUUUGAUCGUGGAUGCCGUCACCGUACCGUCAGA